AUGUCAGAGGAUCGACUCGAGGAGCUUGACCUCCAGCUCUGUGACGCCCGGAUCGCCGUGGAACACGCCAUCGCGAACAAGGAAUCGCUCGCUGUGCAAGAGCUGGCGACUCUCCAAGUCGAACGCGUCGAGCUACAGAUAAAGCAGGAGACGGUACGCGCAUCGAAGCAGGUGCAACAGAGCGAUCUCGCACUCCAUGAACUCGAACUGGCGCUACUCGCACGGCGGAUCGACUGCUCUACCUUGGCUAUCACCGGCGCUAGCGAUGCGCAGACGCGCCUUGCGGAUCUGCAACUUAAGCGCGCGGUGUUGCUCCUAUCGCAACACAAGAAGCGCGCUCUGCGCCCAGCCCCUUCAAUCACUUCGCUGUCGGCAUCUACUGCAGCGACGAUUAGCUCGAGCGACCUAUUAACCGGGCCUGCGCGCUUGCCUUCUCGAGAUUUGAUGUCCGCUCCCGAUGCCUCAUUCCAUUUGUCAUCCGGCCUCUCAUCUCCUGAACGCCUCUGUCUGUCUCCGUCGUUGCUCGCUUCGCCUUCUCGGGACUUGUCGCCUCGCGCUUCCUCGUCGGGCUCUGUUCAUUCGUCGCCCAGUGCUCUCGCCGACAAGGCUGUCGUACUUGACGCCAGACCCAGUCAUGCUGUGGCUGUCGACGACCGUAACGAAGACGCAGAUGACACUGGCGACGUCGAGCGUGAGCUCAUUGGGGAGAAUGCACGCCGACCCGCAAGUGUCGCCCGCGAUGCGCCGAAGCCUCGCAAGGACUCGAACACCAUCAUCGACAUCGACGACGCUGGGGUGGCCCGUGAUCUUACCCCGCCGUGCGGUCCGUCACACUCGAAGUCUCCCAAGACCCUCCCGCCUGCCGAUAUUGAGCCUGGCGACGGCGCCGCCGCGCUGGAGGACGAAGACGCCCCGUUCAUGUUCGAAGGCUCUCCCCAUGCGCCCAGGACCGUCCUGGAAGCUCGCGCGAACAAGUCGACUUCGCCGCUGAAGGCAUUAAUCAAUGAGCGCAUGAACAAGUCGGCUGCGCCGCAGAAGGCAUCUCCAAAGGCGGUUACCAAACCGGGCAAGUCCGUGGCGGCCACGAAGAAGAGCGGCGGAUACAAGGAGCCGACCGCUCAUCCGCAGCGCUGGAUGUACCGUGUUCUCAACUUCGGUGCGGCGGCUCUACGGACGUCUUCCGACUGGCCCGAUCCUGUCUGCCGCGAAGUUGGUGCACUCUGGGCAGCAGUUUUAUCUUGGGAGAUUCGGAACAAGUUCAAGGAUGGGACUGCCAAGGCGCCUGCACAAUCGCCGCUGAUGGGGAACAUCGUGUCCAAGUCACGCUUCGGGCCGAACUUCCACGACGUCAUCAAGAAGGAACCCAAUUUCUCUGUCAACGUUGCCCGCUGCAUCCAUUCCCUUCGCCAGUCGACGCUUGCGGAGGUGAUCAAGAUGCACGGCAAGCAUGGCAUUGCGGCAGUUGCGCGCUCUCUCAUGGAGGCCUACAACGGCGACAAAUCUUUCGCCGUCUCCUUCUUGCCCCUCGCUCGUGAACUCACAACGGUUCUGGACAUUGCGACUGCAGUGCCUCCCAUUCUCGCAGACGACGGUGACGACGACAACGACAAUGCCCAAGGCGUCAAUCUCACCGGUACAGUGCUCGAAGCCCUCAACGCCCGGGACGGUUACGAUGCGGCUCCCGCUACUCGUACUAUACAGGCGCUUCUGGUGCUUGCAGGCGACGGGAAGAAGCGCGAUGCGUCGCACCUGGAAGCUGAAGCCGGGCCUUCCAAGCGUGCUCGCCGUUUGCCUGACGAAUAA